AUGAAUCGCCCGUCCUUCAGGCCGCGGCCAGUGGACAUCAAUAAGAAGCUCGCGAUCGUCCGAUCGACAGACGAGCUGAACGCGGAGGACGAGGGCAUCCUGCCCGCACCGUCAAAGAAGGGACCGUCCGUGGAGAUCCCGACACCUCACUGCGGCGUGGUCGAAGCGUACGACAAGCUCUACCCGGCGAACUUUCGCCAACCGUCGUCGUACAUUCGCAGCAAGCACGUGCGGCAGGACGACGGGGUGUACGUGGAGUAUGAUCUGGAUGACGAGGACGAGGACUGGCUGGAAGUGCUCAACCAGAACAGGCUGCUGCUCGCUGCAGACAGGCUGGAGUGGAUGAUCUACCAGAUGGAGCUCCUGGAUGCGCGGGCAAGGGCCAAGGCAGGGACGGCCAUGCUGGCAGGCGCGGUGGACCAGACGGGUGCUGCUGGGCAGGUGUCAUCUGGGGGGGUGCGAGUGCCGGUCCUGCUGCAGCAGCAACAAGCUGUCGAUGCGUUGAGAGCGCAAGUACCAAGGCAGGCCAUCAUCGCUGCAGCGUACGACUACUGGCGGUCCAAGAGGGAGCGAUGGGGGAAACCCAUUUUGCGGCGCCUGCAGCCGUCGCCUGCCAUCACCGACACGAACCCCUUCAACGUUUUCCGACCGAGAGAGAGAGCCCACCGGCCCAACACACGGCGGAUGCAGAGGAGGGAGAAUGACAUGGCUUCGUAUGAGAAGCUCGUGCGGGUCCAGAAGAACAUUGAAGAUGCCUUGCAACUGGCACAGGCUGUUGAGAGAAGGGAGGAGAGGAAGCGUGAGCUAAUCAAUUGUGAAGUGGCGUUGCAGCAAGCAGCGCUCUCGGAUCGGGAAAUCACGGUGCAACAAGCAGAGGCCCUUGGGAUCAUCCCAGACCUCUCCUCCUCGAUCCCCAGGCCUUUCCCUGGAGCCACCUCAGACGACCAACACCAGCAGCAGCAGCAGCAGCAGCAGCAGCAGCAAUACCAGCUCCUACCACCUCCUGCUGGCACUACCAUCACCGCCACCAGCACCACCAGCACCGCCGCCCCUACCUUUGCCACUCUAGGCGGCCUCCCUCCCGCGAAUCACUUUGACAAUAUCCUCUCGGUCACUCGCCGCCGAGGCUCCGUCGGAGCAGCAGGGAUCGCAGCAGCAGGAUCAGCCGCAGCUGCAGCAGGGGGGACGUUACCAGGAGCAGCAGGAGGCUGGGCUGGGUGGUUACCAGACGCUGCGACUGUAACCUCCGGUCCGGUUACCGAUGCAGUGUCACCUCUAGACCACCUGCUCCCGCUCCUGAAGAAGAAGAGGCGGAGGCAGGUGGUGUUCCCCCGGGGGGGCAGGCUGAGUCGUGUGCUUCGUAGUGCCCCUCCCCCCGACAUUCCCAUGCCGUUCAACCGCUCGUUUUCGGUCGAGCAGCUUGCUGCUAUGCACAUACAGCCGCCUCUGCUCUCCCACCGGCCCCCUCCAGUGUCCCUCUGGCCUCUUCCUCCUGAUUCACUCUGCCUCCCACCUCUGGUACCGUCAUCUGUAUCGGUGGUGGAGGGGAGAGAAGCGAAUGACCUGCAGAGUGCACCAACUGACCUGUCCUUGAGUGGAGCUGUAAGGAAGGAUUUAACCGUCAGCGCUGCUGCUAGGGAGGACUCUCAUCCUCCAGCAACAGCAGCAACAGCAACAGCAGCAACAGCAGCAGCAGCAACAGCAGCAACAGCUGCUGGAAGCUCAGAUGCCUCUACUGGUGUAUCAGCAGCGGGGAACAGUGCUGUUCCUGCUCCUCCUGCCUCCGCUCGUUCUCCUGCUCCAACUGUGCAUGCAUCUGCACCAUUCAACAGCCCUAUUCCUUCCACUGUCCCACCCUUUGCUCCUCAAUCAAAGUCCGCUGCUCCUCCUGCAUUCAAUGCUGCACCUGCUACUGUUGCUGGGACUGGUGGUACUGCUGCUCCUCCGUCUGCUGCUGCUGCUGCUGCUGCUGCCACACCCCAAUCUGCAGCCAUUACCAACCAUUCCGCCACCGCAGCAAUUGCUGCUGUUCCUCACACACGAGCCCUUGCCCCUGUCCCUUCCCCUGCACCUACCUCUGCCCGUGCUUCUGCUGCUGCCGCUGCCGCUGUGCCUGGAACCACUAGAACCAUGACAAAUGUCAAUGGUGCGGGUACAGGGUCCAAACCUGGACCCAACACUACUGCUGCUGCUGGUGGGGUAGCUUAUAGACGGUCAAACAGUGGAAAGGCUUUUGGGAUAGGCUCUUCCCAACCCGCAGCUGGUAGUAAUGCAGCGGAUGUAGGAGGAGCAAGGGGUGGAGUGGGUGUCGGAGGGGUGCAGAGCGGUGUGAGGGAUGUGGGAGGAGUAAGAGGUGGAGAGGGGGGUGUAGGAGUUGCACGGGGUGGGGUGGGUGCAGGGGCGGUUAGGGAUGGUGCUGCUGGGUCAAAGGCUCCAGUCCCAGGGAUGCCAGGUGUGGCUUCACCUUACAUGCCACCGAAGCAGCGAUCUCAUGCGCAGCGGGCAGAUAAAAAUGUGUGA